UAUUAAUCUUCCAACACCACAAGCCCUCUCACUCUCUCCCUCUCUCUCUCUACUCCACCCAACUCAUCUCCUCUCGUUUUCCUGAUUCCCUUUCCACGUUUCUUCUCCAUUCUCUGGUCACUGGUUGUUGGGUUGCAGAUGAUCCGUUACAAAGCGGUUUCUGCAUAGUCUCUGCUGCCAUUGACUUCAACCAACAGAAUUCAUGGAGCCUCAGCGCUUCACCCAAUUGAUGCUCCUCUACUGCAGAAUCCAAAGCACGCGUGUGGCACUUGUGGGUGGUAACCACACCUCUUCCAGAUCCAGAGACCUUUGUUUGGGUCCUAUAGCCUGAUAAUCAUGGAAAUGGCUCGUGGGCUUCGAGCCAAGAAUGGGAUAGUCAAACACAGUGGUGGUGACGGUGGUGGUGGUCUGGAGGACCUGAAUUCUGAUAACCUUUUGGUCAUUAAGCUUCCUGAUUCAAGGGUUUUGAGGGUUGUGUCAAGGUCCUUGUUCUUGGCCAUGGUUGUGGUCUCGUUACCCUGCAUUGGGUUCAUUUUCAGGGGACCCUCUGCCUCCUACAUCGAGGCUUCUGAAUUUAGCAAUGAAGCUGAUUCGAUUGAAUUCGAGUCAUUGCCUUUGCUUUUUCAGGAUUUGGUCCAUGAAGGCCUAAUUCGAGAAGGCCAUAGAGCUCUUAUCUUGAGCUCUGGCAUUGGGGAUCCAGUCUACAAUUUGAGGUUCUUCAAUAUUUUAAGCUCUGGCUUUGGGGAUCCGGUGUACAAUUUGGGGUUGUUCAACGAUAAUGAGAUUGAAAUUGUACCAGAAUCUGAUUUAGAGCACUCGGGAUUCAUCCCAGAUGAGAAGUUUGAUAUUGUGUUUGCCUCUUCCUUCAGAGCUAUUAGGCUCGUUGACCCCCUUAUCAAAGCUGGUGGCAUUUUAGCCUUACAGUUGAGCGAGACCUUCAAAGAAAUACCAAAUUAUAGAAUUGUGUAUGUCAGGCGAUUCAAUUCAACAGUUGUGGCUGUGAGGAAAACUGUUGAGGCAAAUGAGGAAUUGAAUUCCUCAACAAAAAGGGGCCUUUGUGCAAUGCCCUCUCAGGCCAAGAAGGCAGCAUUGAAGGGUCUUGAAAGCGCUUUGCUUGAGUCACCAAGGCACGCUUUAAAACAAUCAAGACAUUGCUUAAAGAGAACCAAGUUCCUCCCUGACUUGCUGGGGGAUUCUCUUGAAGGUUACCCACAACGAAUAUUCAUCAAUGUGGGCUUCAAGGAAGAAAGCAGUGCUACAAUGGAUUGGUUUCAUCAGAACUACCCGAAAAGGAAUCAAGAUUUUGUGAUUUACAAUUUGGAGAUAGAUGGUCAGCCAGGCAGCCUAAUGCCACAAAUGGGGAAGGCUACAAAUGUUGGAAUAUCAGAUUGGUUAAUGGAGAAUGUGAAGGAAGAGGAGUACGUUGUGAUGAAGGCAGAGGCAGAAGUGGUGGAGGAAAUGAUAAAAGGGAGAACAGUCUGUCUGGUGGAUGAACUGUUUCUGGGGUGCAACCACCAGAGGCAGAAAGGGGAAAACAAUAAGCAGAGAGCUUAUUGGGAGUGCUUGGCCUUGUAUGGGAGGCUGAGAGAUGAGGGAGUUGCUGUGCACCAAUGGUGGGGCUGAUCAAGACCUACCUUAUUACCCUAUCUGUUUGCUUUGAUUUCUGCUCAGUUUGAAGUGUAUUGGUAUGUGUGGUAUGUGUGGUAAGUGAGAGUGUGAAGAGGGACCAUGGUCUUUUCCUUUUGACUCUUGCUGUAAAAAUAAGUUAAGAGAAUGAGACAUGUUGUGAGAGUAUUUAAAAAUUCUAGGUUUCUGUUGUUGGUGAGCUGUCAUCCUGAUGAAGCCAAACAAUAAUGUCACAUGGAUGUUGAUCUUUGUUGUAUUUGCUAUUUAGUUUUGGUACAUGAAAUGCCUUUGUCAUGGUUUCUAA